CUGGUGUAACCUGAAACCUGGUACAUGCCGGUGUGUCUCUCCUAGGCUUAUCUGGGGACAUCUCCCACCACUGCACUAGCACUAGCACUGGUACAACUCUAUGGAUAUAGUAGCAGUAGUGUAGGUGGGACACUAGUUUUUGAACAUCAUGUUGCCUAACCCUGCUCAGAGGAAAUCUAGAUGACAUGGUAAUAAAAGUUUGAGUGCUGGUACCUUGUUUGCACCACCAGAGCUGAACUGGUCCUAGUUACCACACUGCAAGAGACCCCCAAAAUGUCUAAUGUAGAGAAGGUCAUUAUGCCCUCAGCUUUUCCUUCUACUCUCUGUAUCCCCCUAUACCCAGCUGCAGUUGCAACUCAUCGGGCCGUACCUUUGAGUCCAAUUGGUAUGGAGAGCUACAUAUCCCUCAUGGAGGUUGGGACUCGGAGUACUGUGUCCUAGUCACAAAGAGAGGCAGAGACGCAGAGGGGACUGUCGGCUGGUGCAGGCAGAACCAAAAGAUAUUUAAUCAGCAAUUAGAAACACCUGAGGGCAAGGGAAAUUCUGCUCCAGCCCUGAGCUUCAUCUCUCAACCUGCAGCAUGGAUCCCAAAUAUUCUCACUAUUGAGAUGAUUUUACCCAUCACUGAAAUGAAGCUACUUCUGGACGGAACGUGGCAGCGUUUACCAGCACACAGCAACACUAUACAAUAGUUCAAGAUGAGGAGUGAAGGAGAAUGUUGUAUCCAAUGAAAAGUGCUGGUGAAACUCGGAGGCAGAAGGAAAUCACCAAGAUUGAACAAGAUGAGCUUUCCACCCAUCAUCCUUUAUUUGUCAGGCUGCUUGGCAGAAUGUCCACAGAGGAGCGGCAUCUCACCUCUAGCUGCGGAUCCUUCAUUAAGACUGAGCCGUCCAGCCCAUCUUCUGGCAUUGAUGCCAUCAGCCAUCAUAGCCCCAGCGGCUCCUCUGACGCUAGUGGUGGCUACGGCAUCGCCAUGGGUGGCCACCCGAAUGGCCUGGACUCACCACCCAUGUUCAACGGCACGGGGAUUGGUGGCGGAUCCUGCCGUAAGCGCUACGACGACUGUGCCAGCGCCAUCAUGGAGGACUCGCCCACCAAGUGCGAGUACAUGCUCAAUGCCAUCCCCAAGAGGCUGUGCCUGGUGUGCGGGGACAUUGCGUCUGGCUACCACUAUGGCGUGGCCUCCUGCGAGGCAUGCAAAGCCUUCUUCAAAAGAACAAUUCAAGGGAACAUUGAAUACAGCUGCCCAGCCACCAAUGAGUGUGAGAUCACGAAACGGAGGCGCAAGUCCUGUCAGGCCUGUCGCUUCAUGAAAUGCCUCAAAGUGGGGAUGCUGAAAGAAGGGGUUCGUCUUGAUCGAGUUCGCGGAGGACGCCAGAAGUACAAGAGAAGACUGGACUCUGAGAGCAGUACUUAUCUGAGCUUACAGAUCCCUCCUCCAGCCAAAAAGCCAUUGACUAAGAUCGUCUCCCACUUGCUGGUGGCAGAGCCAGAGAAGAUUUAUGCCAUGCCUGACCCCACCAUGCCGGAGAGUGACAUCAAAGCGCUGACAACCCUCUGUGACUUAGCAGACAGGGAACUGGUGGUGAUCAUUGGAUGGGCAAAGCACAUCCCAGGUUUCUCUAAUCUCUCCCUGGGGGACCAGAUGAGCCUCCUGCAGAGCGCCUGGAUGGAGAUCCUCAUCCUGGGCAUUGUGUACCGCUCACUGCCCUACGAGGACAAGCUGGUCUAUGCCGAGGACUACAUCAUGGAUGAGGAGCACUCACGCCUGACGGGGCUGCUGGAGCUCUACCUGGCCAUCCUGCAGCUGGUGCGCCGGUACAAGAAGCUGAAGGUGGAGAAGGAGGAGUUUGUCACACUCAAGGCCCUGGCCCUUGCCAACUCAGAUUCCAUGCACAUAGAGGACAUGGAGGCGGUGCAGAAACUCCAGGACCUUCUCCAUGAAGCCCUGCAGGACUACGAGCUGAGUCAGCGCCACGAGGAGCCAAGGCGGGCGGGCAAGCUGCUGCUGACCUUGCCCCUCCUGCGGCAGACGGCCGCCAAAGCGGUGCAGCACUUCUACAGCAUCAAACUGCAGGGCAAGGUCCCCAUGCACAAACUCUUCCUAGAAAUGCUAGAGGCCAAGGUCUGACGGCCCUGGUGCCAGCCCACAGCGGCCGGGGAACAAACUAGAAACACAGACGCAGACACAGAGCAAUCCAAACAGCAGCAGGGGCCGGCUUUUAUCUCCAAUCAUUUAUUAUGGAAGAAUUAUGUAAUGUCCAGCUGUCGGCCUGCUUGCCUGCCUGCCUGCCUGUCUGCAGCAUCUCAUGUACAGAGGGGGAAACUCUUUUAAUCA